CGACUCGGCUGCUGGUCAGUACGGCGCACAGCCUCGGCGGCCCACAUGGCCUCGUCACUGCCGACGACCCUCGACGAGCGCACGGUCGCCAACCUCAUCUCGACCCUCGACCGGACGCUCUACCCUGAGCCGACGGCGGGCUUCACGGCAAGGACGGCCAUCCUGAUCGCCUUGACUGCACUGUCGAUGCUUCUCGUCCUCCUGUACCUGUACCUACACUAUCGCAGCUCGUCAGAAGGCGUGCGGUGUCUAUGGUUUAUGCGCCUCAUCGACCGCCCAAGCGGCCGCUUCCUCGUCAUCAACCCUCGACUCGCAUGGGUCGGUACCGUCUUGCUGUACGGCUCGUACGAGCUCGUCAUCCUCGGCGUGUUCUGGCAAACCUACUCGCUCGGACGAGGGCAAAAGGCGUGGCUCGCCCUGCGCACGUUCGACGCGAUGGUCCUCGCGCUCGGUGGAUGGAUCAUCAGCUGGGCAGGUUUGACGGCUUUCCUCGUCGCGGUCGACUCGGAGCGCCACUGCGUAUCGGCACGCACCGCAAACUUCCUGUUCAUCGGUGGUGGGCUCACGCUCAUCGGCGUCCAAACGGCCCUCGCAACGGCGGUGACCGUCCUCCUCGAGCGCUUCUGGGACCGCUAUCUGGAACUACGUGGCGCCCUCGUCAGACUCGACCGGUCCCUCGACGGCAAAGCCCCGACGCUCCUCGACUUUGUCCCGCUUCGAGACCCGGCCGAGGCCUUCGCGGCCGCAGCGGGCCCAGCUCGAACCGCCAGCCUCGUCCAAUUCGCCUUCAUCAUCGUCUUUCCCCUGUCGAUCCUCGCCGUCAACUUUGGCGGCCUCGCUCUCGUACGUCGACUGCGGCAUCAGCUCAACGAGAGCGCCGAGUUCGACGCAUCGGCCAUCGAGAUCGACCUCGACCGCAACGCGACUAUGGUCAGCUCGGGCGGGCUCGGCCCCCGUCCGGCCCCAGCGCUCGAGGUCGCGUCGCCGUCAAGCAGCGGCUUCGGCGUGCGAGACGCACAGCUCGCCGUCUCGGUCGCACCAGAAGGCGGCAACGACGGCGUGCACGUCAAGGCGCACCAUCAGCUGGACGCUCGGGCCGUGCGGAUCUUGGACCGGCGAGGCGGCACGUCCGCCGCCAGGGCACAAACGCGUCGACUUCUCGUGCUCCAGAAGGCGAUGCGAGACCUCCAGAUGACGGCGUGGCACAUCGGCUUUGUCUCGACCUGCCUCCUCGCGACCACCAUCUGGCUCCUCUACUGCGCCGUGACCGACCGCACGACGUCGGGAGAAUGGGCCUACAUCGAGGGCACCGCCAUGCCGGCUCAGUGGAUCUACUCGGUCGCCGUCGUCGUCUCGCUCUUCUUCCUCAUCUACAACCAGCUGGCCAGCCGCCGACGCCUGGUCGGCCUCGAGAAGGGCGACGACUCGAACGCUGUCACGCCGCCCAAGCUCCAUGUCACCAUGCCUGCGUCUGGUCGCUCGACGCCUGGUUCCUCUCCUCUCGACUCGACGCGCUCGGCGACCCGCAGCCGCAGCCAGGGCGAGGUCGAGAACCCGGCAAAGGACGCGUUCGAGAAGCACCUGCUCGGCAUCGGCGACGACGACGGCGCUCCAGCCCCAGCCCGUCCUCCGUCAGACGCCGACAUGACACGGCGUCCCACCCUGCGCAAGAAGAGCUGGGCGUCGUUCGCGUCGCGGGAUUCUGGCGAGGGCGGCGGGCCGGCUUGGAGAUUGAGCUGGCCUGCGCGCGCCGUGCCGCCUCGCAUGGCGAGUGCGGCGGCGUCGGUCUUUGUGACGGUCGAGACGUCGCAAGUGUGCGACGACGGCGCGGUCGGGCAGUCGCUCGCGGCUCGGGAGGAGAACCUCGGGAGCGGACUUUUCGGCGGCGGCAUCGAGAGGGCCUGA